AGCGGGAUCUCGGCAGCAUGUCCGGCUGCGUCACAACCAUCCUCGCUUACACUCUUCCCUCUCAUAUUUCACUCAAACCAUAUUCAAUCUCAUAGUCCAGAUUCCGUUCCCUAUAUAACUCUCCAACCAGCUACAUCCCCUUAAUUCCAAACCCACAAUAUUUGAUCUCCAAAUCUAUUGCCCCCAUCCACCAUGGCCUCGCAAUCGCAUCAAUCCCCCUGGCCAGCCCCCUAUCAAGCGGCGAUAGCCUUCACAAUGGACAACCUAGGUGAAGCUCAAGACGUGCUACAGAACCGUUGGCCACACCCCAUCGGCACGCAUCCGUCGGUCACCGACCAGCUGCCUCGCAUGCUGGGCCUGCUCGACAAGUACGGCCUGCGGGCCACUUACUUUGUCGAAGCCUGGAGUCUCGGAGUGUAUUUGGACGCUGUGCAGCAGCUUGUCCGGGCGGGGCACGAGGUGGCGUGGCAUGGGUAUCAGCAUGAGGUAUGGAGCGGGCUGGAUGAGCUACAGGAAAGGGAGAGCUUUGAGAGGAGCUUCAAGGCGGCGAAUGGAGUUGCCGGGGUGGAAUAUUGCGGUUUCAGGCCGCCUGGGGGCAAGGUAAACGAAAGGACGUGGAGUCUCUUCAAGGAGUAUGGCGUAGACUACGUCUCGCCGCUCGGUCAGUUCGGCGUGGGAAAGGAAGGGGUGAUCGUGUUGCCAUUUGAAUGGAGGGCUGUGGACGCGUUCUGGUAUAUGGAGAAGUUUGCUGGUAUCAGAAAGGAGAAUGGCGAGAGACAGGAGAUCUUGAGCCCGGGGGAGUUCAAGGAGUGGUUGAUGGCGAAGAUUGUUGAGCUUGUGAGAACCAGCGGGUUCAUGUCGAUCCUGUUUCAUCCAUUUCUCCAGACGAGCGAUGAGAAGUUCGAGGUGCUGGAGGAGGUUCUGAAAAGGAUUAGUGAGGACGGGAAGAUAUGGGUUGCGCCUUGCAAGGAGAUCGCACAAUGGGUCAUGGAACACCCCGAAUCCUUCAAUAAAGGCUGAUAAAGUAGAUAAAAUAGUACGCCGUCAUCUGUAUUAAAAGUCGAGCAGCCUCCAUCACUAGUGUAUAUGCUCAUUCGAUGCUCCUGAUUUGAGCUUGA